GCGCGCACGGCCGGAUGGGAGGUGCACGCGCAGUGACGCGUCUCUGUGUUAGUGACUCGGUUCACAUGUUGGAUCUCCUGCUCGUCUCUGCGGUUCUGUGUCUCUCUCCCUUUCUGUGUGUAAUUAUAGAUCACAUAUCCAGCAUAUGAUGAUUAUCGAACACUUAUGAUAUCACAGUAAAACAGAUUACAUGAGUAUAGAAGAAUAUUUUGAAGAAGAUGAAGAACCACCUUUACUGCUCAGCUCCUGUCUGUCUGAUCCUGCUGGAGUUAUGUGGGACAUUAGCGGCGCAGUGUCGGUGGGAGGACGGGUGUGUGUGUCCUCUCUGUCCAGCCGGACAAGAGCCCACCUCGGCUUGUGGGGAAGUUGAGAGUCCCGGUGAGACCGGAUUGUGCCGGACUUGCCCAGCAGGCAGCUUCUCUGAUACCCAUGACACUGAGCCGUGCCGCCCACAUCUCUCCUGCGGGACACUGAAGCGCUGGAUCUCGACCGCACCGACCUCACUCUCUGACGCUGUGUGUGGAGGAUGCCUUCCCGGGUUUCACCCUGCUGCUACACGGAAGUCCUCCACCCUCCACGCCUGCGUCAGGAAGCCAUACAGCCGGCGCAGACGUAAUGUUGGUAAGAGCACCUCCAUCAGGAACGCCACCAGUGUUCAGGGUCCAGAGGAGAAGAGCACAGAGUAUGCCGUGUUUGCUCUGGUGCCCAUCUUCUGUGUGAUGGGCCUGCUGGGGAUUCUCAUCUGUAACCUGCUCAAGAAGAAGGGCUUCCGCUGCAACGCCGAGAAAGACGGGGUGGACGCAGAAGCUGGCACUCCGCAGAAAGAAGGAAACUCUUGUCCAUACAUCAUUGAUGACCCCGAUGAAGACACCAUCAGCAUUCUGGUGCGGAUCAUCACAGAGAAGAAAGAAAAUGCAGCUGCUCUGGAAGAACUUCUGCUGGAAUAUGAGAAUAAACAGAUGGCCCUCAACAAGAGUUCAUCCAUCAAGUUUCCGGCUCUUCCUCAUUUCUCUCCGUUCCGGUCGUUACCGCGGCUGUGUUCUCACCAGCAUCACUUGCACACUAUAAACGGGCUAGCGCCGCGCUCCGGCCUCUGCUGCUCCCGCUGCAGUCAGAAGAAGUGGCCCGAGCUGCUGCUGCCCAUCGACACGCACAAGAGCCCCACGAACCUGGUCAAGACGCCGGAGGUCAACAUCCUGUCUGUAGGGAGGUUUCAGGUUGCUCAGAUCCCUGAAAUGAAGUCUGUUUCAAAGAAAGUGACCCAGCCGGAAGCGAGCGAUACGGACUCCAUGGACAGCGGCCACACCGAGCCUGCGGAAGAGUGUUCCCUGCUGGGCGUGUCCUCUUCCUGUAACUCCGCCUCCUCAAAGUCCAGACAGGAGAUGAACAUAUGAAAGGCUGAGGAAGACAUCCACAAACGGGACAUGUGACAUCAUCAGUGACCGAGCGAUCGGGCAGACGUGUGACGGUGAUGUCAGUAUUCACCUCCUUGAGGAGCCUCGACUUCAAGACCUCAGGAAACAUUCAUAUUUAUUGCAUAAGUCUUAGAACUAUGUUGUUAAAAAGCUCUGUCUCUGCUAGCAGAUAAUAGGAGAGCGAAGGGUAGAAAGCAUGUGUGCUUCCACAAGACACUAAAGAAAACAGCACUCAGAACAACAAGACACCAGUGAGACAUUCUCUCCAGUUAGAAAACAUUACUAAGUAUUAUUAGAAACUAGUUUGAUUUAUAUCUCUGGCCGUUUUUCAGUUCUUUUGUUUUUACUGUAGUUCGGUUUUUUUAGUAUUUGAGAUUUUAAAGGAGUUGCAUAUCUACAGUCAUGGUCAAAAGUGUUUGCAAACACCUUGUUUUGUUAAUAAUAAAUAAAAGAAAAUAUACAAAAACACGCAUUAUUAAUUUCAUACACAUAUACAGUAUAUGAGUUAUAUAUGCAAUUUUUAUAUAAAUUAGUAUUCUGUGGUUUUUACAUGCAUAACUUAUAUAUUCAAACAAUGGUACAGGAUAUAUGAAAAUAUUAGAUGGUUUACACUAGCUCACCAACUAAAAUAUUUGCUAAUACAGUGAAUGUGCUUUUUUUGUCACAUAAUCCUCAUUUUGGACUUUUAUUUUGAAUUUUUGGAUUAAAUGACACUAAAUCAGAAACAACCAAGAAAACAUUAUGUUUUUAAACAGUCUGUCAUUAGCGAAACAUGUUCAUUGUUAAUGCAAUCAAAUAUUAUGACAUUCACACAUGUAAGGUUUAGGGUUGCUGUAUUUCAAUGAUUGGCUUGAAAAGUGUGCUGAAGUCUGUUUAUUCAAACAAAUGCUUGGUUUGAUAUUUGUCAUCCAAUGCAAUGGCAUUCAAACAUUUUUAAAUGCUUUUUGGGACCACAAUGUUUUACAUUUUCGGUUAACAUUUUUAUUUCUUUGAAGAAAAAAAAAGGCGGCUAAUUGUUCCACCGUUUAAAAUUUUUUCAUGUGAAUGGCACAGAAAAAACAGCAAUAUCGCUUAGAAAUGAGCAUUUUCAGGUGUUCACAGGUUUUGACCUUGACAAUAGAAUGUAAUAUUUCAUAUAUUAACAAACUCAGACUCUAACAAGCCGAUACGCACAGCAACCUUCAGCUCAUCAGCUUGAUUAAAGCUUUUCUCUAAAAAACAAAGCAACUGAAUAAAAUAUAUUCAUUUAUAUCUUUGGCAGAUGCAAGGCACUAAUCUAAGGGCAGACUGCUGAGAAAUUCAUGCUAUAAGCUAAACUAAUGUGAUAAAAGUGAUAAACGUCUGACUGACGUUCACGCUGCAGCUCAAUGUCAAUCAAAUUUGAAAACCAAUACUGAAUCGGACGUUAGUUUUUAAAUAAAUGAAAAUAUGUUUCCAAUCAGAUUUUUUAUGUGCGAUUUCAGUGUUGUCAAAAUUGAUGAGAUUUUUAAAUCAAACUUACAUCCAUAAUAACUGCACUCUUGUUUUUGUAUGAAUUUUUAAAUAGUUGAUGCACCUUACUGCACUUUUUUAAUUAUUAUACACAAAGGUGCAAAAAAUAUAUAUUUUUAAAUAUAUAUUAAUGUCUUAUAUGUUGUCAACCAUAACAUUGAAAAUAAAAAUUCAUAAAUUUAGCAACAGAAGCCU